AUGGUUUAUAGAAAUGAGAGGGAAAUGCGAAAAAAUAAUAGGCAAAAGAGGCAAAAUGUUGCCAGUAGUGAAUACAGUUUAUAUUUUUAUAUCAAAGAGUUUCUGCGUUCCUUCCACUUCUCUAGAAAAAUGGAAGUCUCUCCGAGCGGUGUGGGCGCGGCGGCAUGCAAAAUGGGAGGAGCAAUUGGUGAGAGAGAAUGUCUGCGUCUCUCGUCCUUGAACACUAUUCAACCAGUCUAUGACCACACAGUCCGAUGGAUGGACGAGAAAAAUGAAAAAAAAACCGAAAAGUGUCUAUGUGAAAAGACAUAG